GUUGUGGAGUCACGAUAAAUUGAUACUGUGCUCGCCUCUGUUCCAUAGGAAGUGUGUAACCAUUGACGUUUCCUGCAUCUGCUGAGGAAAAGAUUUCCGUUCCCUUGGUUGCAGCAGGAGGAGCAAGCAGCCAGGAUACAGGAACGAGGUGGACACUGCAGCCACACACCAUAGGAAGUGUGUAACCAUUGACGUUUCCUGCAUCUGAUGAGGAAAAGAUUUCUGUUCCCUCAGUAGUAGCUGGAGGAGCAAGCAGCCAGGAUACAGGAACGAGGUGGACACUGCAGUAACACACCAUAGCCAAGGAUUAAGAACAGAACCAAAGAAGAUGUUCGCUAUUCAGAAACCUGAGGCCACUCCUCAUCAGUCACCUUUUCAUGUUAUAAAGCCCUUGACUAGCUUGACAUUACUGAGUGAAAAAGAGAGAAAGCAGGAUGCCAAUUUCAACAUCCUUGAAGAAGAUUAUGACAAAAAUGAAAACUGGAGGCAGGAAAAGAAAGAGGAAGAUGAACGAGAAACUAAAUUAAAGGAAGAUGAAGAAAGACCUCCACAAGAAGAUAACAGAAGCCAUUUACAGAAGAAAGGAAUGGGGCAGUUGAAGGUAACCAGGUCAGAAGGGAUCAGCUUGUCUUUAUCAGAAGAAGAGGAAGAGGUAAGGAGUCCACCAGAGGGGGCCGAAAUUAUGCAACUUGGUGGGGAAACUACAAGACAGUGUGACGACUGUCCAACGUCACCAUUAGAAGACAAUGGUUAUGCAAGCAGCUCACUAAGUAUUGAAAGUCCUGACAGUAUACAAGGGAAUAUAUGGGAGGACACCACUGCUGGAGUGCCAACAGGUGUCACGCCAGAUGAACCCGACACAGAAGAAUCUGAGGUGGAGUCCUCAUCAGAUUCUGAUUCCCUUUCACAUACGUUGGCAGAAGCUUACCAAAGCCUUCAGGACAAAGAGAUGCUAAAGGAGAGAGAAAAAGAAAAACAUCAUGCACAGCUGACCAUGUAUAGGCGCCUUGCUCUUUUAAGGUGGAUCAGAUGCCUUCAGCAAAAAGUGAGAGAUCAACAGAAUAGGCUGCAAGAGAGUUUUGAUACAAUCCUUGACAAUCGCAAAGAGAUUUUGAGAUAUAUCCAGCAUGGCUGUAACAAUAUACCCACCAAAGAAGCAGCAUGAGUUUCCUACAGCAAGAUGCAUUCUCGACUUUUCUCAGCAUAGCAACCAGCAUACGUCCCAAGAUCUUGUGUUCUUGAUCUAUCGCUGAUGACCUGGAGAAAGUAAAGCAGAAGGGUCAACUCGCAUUGCAGCAUUUCAAAUCCUGACGCUGUCACCAUAAGGCUUUUACAUUUUUACCAUAUUGGUGGGGGGCGGGAGGAUCAAAUACAUAUUUAUUCUACAUUAUUUUAAUGUGUAAUUAUAAUAAAAAUGCAGCAUAUCUUAAACCU